GGCUCCACCAUCUCAACACACCACCUCACAGUUUCACACCCUCGCUUAUCUCUCAAACCUUCCCAUCUUUACUCCUACUAUUGCUCUCUCUCUCUCUCUCUCUCUCUCUCUCUCUCUCUCUCUCUGGGUGGAAGAAGAAACGGUAGAAGUGCCUGUUUCCCGUAUGCAUGGAAUGACGGAUUACAGGAUUACGCCGUCGAUGAAUCUUUGGGCGUCCGAUGAUAACCCAUCGGUUAUUGAGUCUUUCAUAAGCUCCGAUCUCUCCUUUUGGGCCACCCCGCCGCCUCCUGCGCAGGGGCAGGCGCAACAUCAGCAACUGCAGCCUCAAUCCUCUGCCUCCGAUACUGGCGACCCCUCCAAGGCUAUUGCCCAAUCCCAGCCUUCCGUGGCGCUCUUCAACCAGGAGACACUCCAGCAGCGCCUCCUGGCCCUUAUCGAGGGGGCCCACGAGAGCUGGACCUACGCCAUCUUCUGGCAGUCCUCCUACGACUACUCCGGCGCCUCCCUCUUGGGCUGGGGCGACGGCUACUACAAGGGUGACGAUGACAAGUCUAAAGGCAAGGCCAAGACCACGUCGUCUGUGGCCGAUCAGGAGCACCGCAAGAAGGUGCUCCGCGAGCUUAAUUCGCUGAUAUCGGGCUCGGCCGUGUCCUCCGCCGACGACGCCAUCGAUGAAGAGGUCACCGACACCGAGUGGUUCUUCCUUGUGUCCAUGACCCAAUCCUUCGUCAACGGCAGCGGCCUCGCGGGCCAGGCUUUCUUCAAUUCAAGUCCGGUCUGGGUAUCCGGGGCGGACCGCCUUUCCGCCUGGCCGUGCGAACGCACCCGCCAGGGUCAGGUUUUCGGGCUCCAGACCAUGGUGUGCAUACCAUCGGCGAACGGCGUCGUCGAGUUGGGCUCCACCGAGUUGAUUUUCCAGAGCUCGGAUCUGACGAAUAAAGUCAGAGUUCUCUUCAAUUUCGAGAGCCUGGAAAUGGGUGGUUCCUGGCCAAUUACCGAUCAGGGUGAGAACGACCCAUCGUCACUCUGGAUUAGCGAUCCCACACAGGCUGCGUCGACUGAGAUAAAAGAUUCGCUCGAUAACAGUACUGUUCCAUCGGUUCCUGCCACCACCAACGGCGGUCUUCAGAUCUCGAAGGCGAUUCAGUUUGAGAACCCCAGCUCCAGUAGUUUGACCGAGAACGCAAGCGCGAUUCAUAUGCAGAACACUCACCAGGGCCACCAGGAACGUCAGCAAUCGCAGACCCAGAGCUUCCUUACCAGAGAAUUGAACUUUUCGGAGUACGGAUACGAUGGAAGUAGCGUUGCGAAGAAUGGGAAUUCGAAUUCGUUUAAACCCGAGUCGGGCGAGAUCUUGAAUUUCGAGGAGUGCAAGAGGAGUUCCUAUGUUUCGAGCCAUCCCCAGUUCGCGGCCGCGGCGGUGGAGGAGAACAACAAGAAAAAGCGGUCGCCGACGUCGAGGGGUAGUAACGAGGAGGGAAUGCUUUCUUUUACGUCGGGUGUCAUUUUGUCGAACACCUGUAUGGUGAAGUCGAGCGGCGGCGGGGGCGAUUCGGAUCACUCCGACCUCGAAGCGUCGGUCGCGAAGGAGGCCGAUAGUAGCAGAGUCGUAGAACCGGAGAAACGGCCUCGGAAACGGGGUCGAAAGCCGGCGAACGGGCGAGAAGAACCUCUGAAUCACGUGGAAGCAGAGAGGCAGAGAAGAGAGAAACUCAACCAGAAGUUCUACGCGCUCCGAGCUGUGGUUCCGAACGUUUCGAAGAUGGACAAAGCGUCCCUUCUCGGCGACGCGAUAUUGUACAUAAACGAGCUGAAAGCGAAGCUCCAGAGUGCGGACUCGGACAAGGAUGACCUGCAGAAGCAAUUGGAAUCAUUGAAGAAAGACUUGACCAGCAAGGAACAGCGCCAUUCGGGCUUGGAGCAGCCGCCGCCGCCGCCGCCUCCGCAGUCCGAUCAAGACUCAAAGACGUCGAGAUUGAUAGACUUGGAUAUCGACGUGAGGAUAAUCGGAUGGGAUGUUAUGAUUAGGAUUCAAAGUAAUAAGAAGAACCACCCGGCGGCGAGGCUGAUGGCGGCGCUGAAGGAGAUGGACUUGGACGUGCACCAUGCCAGCGUUUCGGUAGUAAAUGAUUUGAUGAUCCAACAAGCUACGGUGAAGAUGGGUAGUCGGUUUUACACACAGGAGCAGCUCAGGCUAGCGUUGUCGGCCAAAGUUGGAGAUGCCCGAUAAGGUGUUUGGGAACUGGGAAAAUGGGGGAUAGAGAGCUCAAAUAAAAGACAAAUCUUUAUGAGCAGAGAGAUUCUUUGCAAAUGGUUGGAACUUGCUCUGGGAAAUUUUAAGGCUCCCGGUAGCUGAGAAAAGCAGCUUUGUAAUAUACAACACUCUUCUUCUUGUGCUAAUCUUCUUUUUUUUUUUUUUUUUUCUUUCUAAUUAGUAUAAUUAUGUUGAGGUUAUUAUUUAUUAUGAGCAUCGGGAGCUAAAUUAGUGUAACAAAUCUUUCAACUCUCGAGGAUGAACAUGUAUAGCCUCCCCAUCAAGCUGAAAAUAGCUUGAUUUCUUUCCUUUUUGUUUUUGUGGGUAGUUUUGUUUGUUUGUUCAUAUAUAUGUCCGUAGAUUUUGAACCUAAUAAAACUUUCUGGGUUGAAUGGAUGUCAA